GACAGUUUCCCAGUAGGACACAAAUAACGGAAGUGGAGCUUAGAUAUUUUUUGUUUUUGGGGCGUCGAAGAUGUCAGGACUGUCAGAAAGAGAGCGCGCUGGAUGCUUAAAGAUACUGCAGCUCAUGUCCAAAGACGACUUACUCUCACUUAGCGACACGGUCACCAAUAAAUUGAUAGUUGUGGAAAAUGCUACAGAGGCUACGGAAACAAUACUUUCCUUCACAAAAAACGCCGAAGAGCUCCUGAAAAGGAAGAAAGUCUAUCGCGACCUCAUAUUCAAGUACCUGGCUAAAGAGGGUGUGGUGAUGCCCCCGAACAGCGAGAAACACCAGCUGGUGAGGAGGACCCUGGAGCUUUGGUCGUCGGGGAAGGCGGGGGUUGACGAAAGCCUUCUAGGAGACACAGAUGAGUCCGGACAGAGAUCGUCAACAAAGAUAGUAUCUGAUUCCACAAGCACGAAGGUUGAGGUUGGCUUUGACCCACAAGCCCUCGGCCAGCAGUUCUGCCAGUGGUUCUUCCAACUCCUAAACAGUCAGAAUCCCUCGCUGGGCCAGCAGCCUCAGGACUGGGGGCCUCAACACUUCUGGCCAGAUGUGAAGCUACGCCUUGUCUCCAGAGCGGGCAGCGAACAGAUGGAGGAGUUCCUGGGUGCUGAGCUGGUUAACCUUCGUCUCCUGGCCUUGACGAGGGACGAGCGCCUCCUCCUCAGCCCCAACCUGGACCCUCUUGGCCUCAAGGUCCUCGCCUCACCCCAUGGCCUGGUAUUGGUGGCUGUAGCUGGGACCAUCCACAGAGACGGAGCCUGUCUGGGCAUCUUUGAGCAGAUAUUUGGCCUCAUCCGCUCCCCCCUGGAGAACAACAGCUGGAAGAUAAAGUUUGUCAACAUGAAGAUUAGAGGACAAGACGCUCUGGGCGGGACAGAGGUGGCAGCGCCCGCUUUGAGUUACAACUCCACUGAAUUGCAGCUUCUCUGCAGUUGAUGACACUCGGUUUUUUUUUUACCCAGUAACUGUUUCAUUGUCUCUCAUCUAACUUGCCCAAUCACCAUUUUCCGUUCAUCCUUUACAACCACCUUUACAGUUGUUUUCAGAUAUCGGAUCUGGCAACUAUAGUGGCACAAACCCCUCUCCUAACUUGUGUUUAUCAGUCAUGUCAAGGUGUACAGGUAGGUAGACACUGUUGCAUAUAAAUCUACUUGGCAGGUUCAUCAUUGUCUUCGCUGCCAUCGGUUGUGGAAACAUUUUGCUUCAAAUAUACUUUACUUUGAUGCUGAACAAUUGCAUGUGCCUUAUGAGAAAUUCAGUACAAAUACAGACAUGGAUGGGUUCUUGUAAAUAUGUAUGAUAUCAGAUAUAAAUAUUAUAU